UCGGACCGCCGGAUCGCCAAACGGCCCCAUAAGUUAAUGUCAAUACAGAAUGGUCCGAUAUGAUUUGCUCUCUCAUAGCUGUUGUGCCUCCGACUCCAACGGGUAACAAUAGGCUCGUUGGAUUCAUUUCGAUAUGUCCUGUAGCACAGCUAUAGCAACUGUGUACAUACUUAAUGCUCGAAUCCCACUCGACUGUGUUGCCCACGAGUCGCGAGGAAGCAUUCGAGAACAAAUAUUCCAUGAGGAUUCUAUGCGCUGACAUCGAGUCACUGGUCGCGUUAGCAUUGAAGAGGACAUCUUCCUUCGCACUCGCGCAGCGGUCAGUGGUUGAACUUGCACGAAGAUCAGGCGAUUUCGCUACGAUCGUCGGACGCUCGGUUCCGUCAACACUCCUCUCCCAGAAGACGGCUUGGAAGAAUCUGACUUGAU